AUGGCUACAAAAUCGGCCUUCCACGUCAUCGUCUUGGGUCCAAAUGGAGGCCCGCGUGAAGACAGAGUGACGGGUUUGCUGGUCCGAUCGACGUCCAUGAAAUGGACUCCGGGAUCUGCCGUCGCCGUCGACGCAGGGACUCUGCUCGCGGGGAUAAUCCGGCUACUUAGCCAGAAUUCCCACGAGUUCCAGAAUGAAAAAGGCUUGGUGGUUGACGGUCCCUUUGAGGGCCUUGAGCUGCCAUACCGAACACCAGAGGCAAAUGCAGCGCAUAUCUUCCGCGAGGUCAUUGGCGCCGUGCUCAUUACACACCCCCACCUGGAUCAUAUUUCGGGGUUGGCAAUAAAUACUCCCAUUCUGGAAGCAGGAAGUGGCCCCAAGCCCGUGGCGGCCUUGCCCUCGGUGCUAUCCGCCAUCAAAAACCACAUGUUUAACGAUGUCAUCUGGCCCAACCUGUCGGACGAAGACGGCGGGGCUGGCCUGCUCACGUAUCAGCGCCUCGUGGAAGGUGGGAAUCCCCGGUUCGGGCUUGGAGAGGCAAGGGGCUACGUACGGGCCUGCAACGGUCUGUUGACCAAGUGCCUCAGUGUCAGCCAUGGGCGGUGCAAGCAGCGGUUCCAUCCAGAAAGCGGAACGCAUCAUCGCAUUGGGAGCGCAGUCUUUGCGGACCAGUUGAUGCUGCCAUCGCGAGCGAUCUCGGUGGACCAUACUGAUGCAAGCUUUUAUUCUCCUGCUCGCUCGCCGCGUCUCGUCCCGUCCAACCCAAAGGAACCCGUGCUGGCAAUGGUUGAGAGUUCUGCAUUCUUCCUUCGUGAUCAUUGUACUGGCAGCGAGAUCAUAGUUUUCGGAGACGUCGAGCCGGACUCGGUGUCUCUUGAACCGCAUAACAGACGGGUAUGGGAAGCAGCAGCUCCCAAGAUCGUUGCCGGCACCCUGCGCGCCAUUUUCAUUGAAUGCUCCUACAACGAUAGCAUCGACGACGCAUACCUCUACGGCCACAUGUGCCCACGGCACCUGGUCAGCGAGCUCAAGGUGCUAGCCACAAAAGUGCUCGAAGCAAGCGAUGCAAGCACAGGCGGAGAGAAGAAACGCAAACGCGAAGACACCAGAUUCAGCGAAGCGGGCGCCGAGCAAGUGAGCCCUCGCUCAAAGCGGACUCAAAGCAUAGCAGCCGACAAAGAGAGAAGGUCCGAGCCCCCUGCAGAAGCACAGAAUUCGAGUGCAGUUGUGGACGAGCAGCCCGACGCUGCUAAAGACGAGCCUAUCGAUGACGCCCCAGAUGUAGAUGAAGCCAAUGCACUGGAUUCAGCCCGCUGGGCGAACCUCAACCCUCUUCCGCUGGCGGGACUCUCGGUCUACAUCAUCCACAUCAAAGAAAGUCUCUCUGAUGGGCCCCCUCCUGGCGACCAGAUCUUACGCGAACUACAGGCUCAUGGCGAAGAAGCCCAUCUGGGCUGUGAAUUCCACAUCCCCAAUCCUAACGAAGGUAUCUGGAUAUGA